AUGGCGCACAGGCGGCAAGGCUGCGAAGCUUCGCCCCAGAACUCGUGGUGUCUACUCCUAUUGCUGGUGGCGUUCGCGACGGUUGUGUGUAACCAUUCCGCCUCCGCGGAUGACGCGACUUCCCUUCCCGAGUCGCUUUCCACCUACUCGAAUGUGGCGUUGCUGGAUCCGCGCUUCGAGCUCUAUUGGACCGUCAACAGCAGCGACGCGACCAUUCACAUGGCAGUGAAUGCAAAAACUACGGGAUGGUUCGCUAUAGGCAUCUCCGAGAUUGGCUCCAUGGUGGGCUCAGAUGCCCUCGUCGCAUGGGUCGCACAGUCUGAAGCCCGCGCCUAUGCGACGGAUCGCUUCAUCUUUAACAAGACGACUGCCGGAAUCGCACUCGACGACAAGCAGGACUGGCACGUGCUGGGCGGCAGUCAGACCAAGAACCAAUCCACGGGCGACACGUGGACCACCGUGCACGUGUGGCGCCGGCUGGACACGGGCGACUGCAACGACCGUCCAAUAGUUUCCGGGAAGCUUCACAACGUCAUCUGGGCGAUGGGCGCCACGGCUGACGUCAGCUAUCACAGCUCCGACCGCGGCGUGUCCGCCCUUGUGCUCGCUCCUGCCCCCGGCCCCUCCAUUAUCGCGCCCACGCCUCCCCCUUCCGCCUCCGCCUCCGCCUCCGCGUCCGCUGCGUCUGAUUCGCUCCGAGCAUUCGGGCGGCUGGCUGCGCAACCGCAGGCAGGGAAGCAGCAGCAGCAGCCGCUGCAAGAGAGCAUGCUGAAUUUCACGUUCACGAAUUACCGGGUGCCAACGAAUCACACGACCUAUCGCUGCAAGUUUCUUUGUCGCAUCAAGUUCCUCCAACCCCUUUCCCGUGCCCGCGACCCUUCAGCACCCAUCUGCACCGAUCUGCACCCGUUUGCGCCCCUCUAUCGUGUCCCCAGGCGCAAGGAGUGCGGCAGUCUCAAGGGCGCAGGGGCGGAUUUUGACUGUCUGCACGACACGCCGUGCGCCACCACUGUCGCCAUGUGGGCUGUGGGCGGCAGGCCCUUCACUUACCCGCCCAAUGUGGGCUACCCCAUUGGCCCUGGAUACUUCACCAAGUUCGUGCUGCAGGUACAUUUCACCAAUCCCAAGGGUCGCGCUGAUCUCAUCGACAACUCUGGGCUGUACCUGAAACUCGCACUGUCCCUCCGCCCCAUGGACGCGUCCAUCAUGCUCACGGGCCCUGUGGCCUACGAGUACCUCAUCCGCAUUCCCCCCGGCAUGCCCUCGUGGACGCAAGUCAGCUCGUGCCCGGGCGAGUGCACUACUGCGGUGUUCAAGAACGAGAGUGUGAAGAUCAUUGGAUCCGUGCUGCAUCUGCACACGCUGGGGCGACAGGUAGGGCCUCGCUUCCACUCGGAGCAAGCCACACGUCCCACCACACCCUCCCCAUUACCCCACAACCUCCCUCUUCCCCUCCCUCCGUUCGUCCCUCCUUCCCUCCCCGGUUCCCUUCCCUCUUUUCCAAUCUCUCCCCCGUCACAUCCCAACAGCGACUUUGCAUCGCAGCAGACCAUUCCCACCACACCUGAGUUCGAGCUGUUGCCAGGGGACGAGCUGCGCACCUCCUGUGUCUGGGAAUCUACUGCUCGCACCAACGUGACGGUGGGAGGGCCAUCAACGGAGGAUGAGAUGUGCAUUGACUAUCUCAUCUACUACCCUGCACGCCAGGGCCAAGAAAUGGAUAUGUGUUACGACAUGUGUGCAUCAUACGAGAACGGCACUCUCGGCAUGGACCCUAACAGCCCCACACUGUCCAAGUUCUACGCGUGUGGGCCCAACUUCAUCCCCACGUACCAGCCCUGCAAGAUCACCUUUGGUGCCAACACGCCCAUGGAAGUCCUCAAUGGCUGCCCUGCUGAGUAA